CAGAUGCUACCGAAUAUCCUUUGGCCUACAUUAAACUUCAAACCGGUUACGAACAAUCGCCGGAGAUAUUUCGUGAGAUAAUGGAUUACGUUGCUAAUAAAGUAGCACCAUAUAAAAGGUUAAGGGAUGUAUUGUAUAUUGAUCAAAUACCUAAAAGUGCAUCGGGGAAGAUAUUAAGAAGGAUAUUGAGGGAGAAGGCUAAAUCAGA